UUAACUGAAAUAGUUAUGGGCCGUCAUGGACUGAGACCAAAAUUCGUCCCAAAAACCUAUCAAUCAAAGCCCAUAGAAAGUGACCCACCACUCUCAGCCUUCAGGGCGGGUGUAUUAACGGUGGUCUGGUAUCCAACGACUGAAAAAAGGACACCAAAUUCUCAGAGAAAGCUCGCUCCCAGAACUGGAUCUGGAGUUCUUCCCGUAAGAAUGUGGAAGCACGGAAACAAAUCAAAGGCAUGGAAUGGGCCUCAAAACCGUUGGGUCUCAUUUCUCGCAGUAUGUUUUACAUUAGUUCUUCUAGUUUUCGUAUUGUCAGUUGGCAACACUGUCCCAAAGACCAGUUCAUUACUUGGACUUCCAGAGGAAAAGUGGAAUAGCUAUGAGUCAGUGGUGCGGUUUUCUCCAACCUUAGAGUUUCCAAAUGGAACAGAAGUAAUAUGGCAAAUACCAGAUUCGCCUAAAGCAGUUCUUUUUCUGGCGCAUGGUUGCGGAGGUAGAGCUCCUCAUUUUUGGGAUAAAUCUUCUCACUGCCCUGACUGCAUUGGUUUGCCAGAGGAAAGGCUAAUUGCUCUUAAUUCUCUUGCCCGAAAGUUUGCUGUCAUUACCAUAUCAAGUGUGGGGACAUGCUGGACUAUGGGGAAGGAGCUAAUUAGAGUUAAAGAUAUUAUCAGAUGGUGGGUUGAGAAAAACAAGCUUGAAAAGCUUCCUCUUGUUGCUAUGGGGGCCUCUUCUGGGGGAUACUUUGUUUCUGUGCUUGCCACUGUGUUGAAGUUCAAUAGUAUUGCAAUCAUGAUUGCCGAGGGGGUGUUUGAUCGAGUCAAAAUAGAAGAGAGCUAUCCCCCAACCCUCUUCAUGCACAUGCCCAAAGAUAUAGUUAGGCAGCAAAAGAUUGAUGAGUACAUGAAAGUUUUGAGAAAUAAAGGUGUUGAUGUUGCAGAGCUCAAAUGCAUGGAGUUCCCCUUGUCGCCACAUCUCUUAGCUGAUAGAAUCCCAGGUCUUGAUCCGUCUGUUUCUGCUAAGUUGUUUGAACUUUUCCGGCAAAAGGGUUUUAUUGAUAAGAAUGGAUAUAUGAAGAAUGACGGCCGUAGAACACGUUGGAAAGAAGCUGUCAGAGAGAGUAAAAUUAUUUCUCCAGACAAGCAUCUGGCCCAUUACAUCCAAGAGGAGUUAAAUCUUGCAUUUGCGUAUCAUGAAAUGACCAGCUUGCACUCUGACAGAAUGUUUAAAUGGUUUGAAUCUCAUAUGAGGUAACUGCUUGCCAAAUUCUCCCUUGCUUUGCCUGAUUUGGUCGAUCUGGCCCCAGCUUUGAAGUAAUUUCAGUGCAUGGCUUAGCACCAGCCUUUUGUUCAGUACUUGUUGCGGAAGGGAUUUGAAAAGACACAUCUUCAAUUAUUCUUUUGGAUCGAAUCCGAAAUCAAUUGAUUAGUUGUGAAGAAAAGGCUAUGUUGAAUUGGCUGAUAUGCUCGACAAGCUUGAAGGUCGCACGAUGAAGAGUAUACAUGAUAGAUAUACAGUAUCGGUUAGGUCAACUGUAAACUUGGCUGCCCAAUGUAAUUGUAAAUUAAUCUUCCUAUUACAUUAUUUGGAAGUAAGAAAGAAUAAUAAAAGUAGUUUUCUGUUCAAUAAGAUAUUUGCUGGGAUUCCAACAUUUGUUAAGUUUUAGAUGCGUAGAUCUCUUCAUUCACUUUGAUCCUCUUUUCCUCUUAUCUCAACAACCGAUAACCAGUGGGAAAAUAAGAGCAUAAAAACUCGAUAGCUGUUCUUAUUACUGUACCCUGGUUGAUCUUGAAUGUCAUUUGAUUGACAAACCAUGUAAUCACAAGCAUGAGAUAGAGAUGACCACCUAUUUCUAGUUG